AUGCCUGUGGUGGUGGCUGCAGUGAAGGACACUGCGUCCCGCAAGGCGUCGAAACAGUCGCUGAUUAAAGUCACCAAGAAGCCGCCUAAGAAGCGGAGAAAAUCUCGGAAGCAGAGCUAUUCCACUUAUGAGUUCAGGGGGCUGGCUCAGAUCCACCCUUUCACUAGGAUCUUGUCCAAGGCCAUGAUUGUUAUGAAUUCCUUCAUUGUAAACAUUUUCGACCACAUCGCCUCCGAGGCUUCACACCUCAUUUGCUACAACAAGUGCCACAUUCGGCCAGGGAGAUCCAGAGUGCCGUCCGCCUCAUGCUGCCAGGGGAACGGGCCAAACAUGCCAGCUCCAGAGGCACCAAAGUGGUCACCAAAUACACCAACUCCGUUUAGGUAG